CGACGCAGAACCGGUCCGAUUUCCGCGGGCAUGCGACGAGGCACCGUCCGCAGGUGCCUGACUGUCCCAAUUUUCGCUUUGACUUUGCCGCUCCGCUGCACGAGACAUCGAGUUUCUCUGGCGGCCUUUUGUCGAAACGGGCUCAGCAUGGCGAAGGUGUUCAUCCCCACGGCGCGCCUGGAGAACGGCAGCGAGAUGCAGAAGCUGUCCCUGGGCCUGUACAAUGUGCCCAGGGAUCAGGUCAAGGCCGUGGUGGACGCCGGCCUGGCGGCGGGGCUUCGGAGCUUCGACUCCGCCUCCUUCUACGACAAUGAGGUGGAGGUGGGCGAGGCCUUGCGGUCCUGGAUGGCCUCAGGCCACGAUCGCUCCGAGCUCUUUGUCACCACCAAGGUUUGGACGACGGACCUGGGAGACCCCGAGUCCGCGGCGAGAAGCGCCGAAACUUGGGGGCCGUAGGUCUCAACGCCGAGGUCGAAACUUUUGCUCGCUGAGACCGGGAGACUUUGCGUCCCUUUGGGGCUGUGGCCUGGGAUCCCUUUGGGGGGGCUGUGGCCUGGGAUCGCUUUGAAUCCGCGACUGGCCGAGGCUUGAAACUGGUCUAUGGCUCAGGGCU